AUGUAUGCUUUUGUGAGGUUCUUUGAGGACGAUAUGUGCUAUGCGUUACCCGUCUCAAAUGUGAAAGAUUUUAGACCUCUGCACAAAACAGAUUUUGAUGAUCAGAAGGUGUAUCUGGUUCUGAGAACUGAGGAGAAUGGUACAGGCCAGCCAGCCAAAGCACAGAUUCUUGCUCUCGCAGAAAACAUAGAAGAAUUUGAACACAGUAUUAUGCAAAAGAAGAUGAAAAUUCCCAAGAUGUCUACUAGGAAUACCGGCAAUGCAGUGGAGAACCACUUUGGUGAAGAACGAUUACCUCUCAGACAUAAAAAGGUGCAGGCGCUGGAUCACGGCCGCGCCGGCCCCAACUCCUCAAAGAGCCUGGCAGCCGUGGUGGCGCGGCUGGAGAGAAACGCCGUCAACUCUUGCGUGGAGGGGGAGGAGGACCUGAAAGAGGACAGGCUGGCCGAGGAAGAGGAGGAGGAGGAGGAGGAGGGCGAGGAGGAGGAGGCCGUGGUGCCCCGCGUGCUGUACGAGGAGCUGGUCCACAGCUACCGGCAGCAGGAGGAGGAGAUGAGGAGGCUGCAGCAGGAGUUGGAACGCACACGCAGGCAGCUCCUCCAACAGGCCAAGAAACUGAAGGAGUACGGGAGCCUGCUGACCGAAGUCAAAGAGCUGCGAGAUUUCAACAGGAGACUGCAGGAUGUCCUGCUCAUCAGACUCGGCAGCGAGCCCAUGCAUGACAAUGGCACUCAGACAAUCAAAUCGGAGGUGGUUGAGCCAAUCAUUGAGCAGCAAGAGGUGUGCAGGGAGGAGGCUAAUACAAGCUCCACCCACUCCCCCUCACCAAGAACAGUCUAUACCUUCAAUGACGGAAAGGUGCACCUGGGUGGGGGCAUUUGGGUGGAAGAGGAGAAGUGGCAUCAGCUUCAACGCACCCAGGGCGACUCCAAGUUCACCAAAAACCUGGCGGUUAUGAUCUGGGGCACGGAAACGCUCAAGAACAGGAGCGUGACCGGCGUGGCCACCAAAAAGAAAAAAGACGCCCUUCCCAAGCCCCCGCUGUCUCCCAGCAAGCUCAAAAUCGUCCGAGAGUGUCUGUACGACAGAGUCUCCCAAGAAACGGCAGACAGCGCAGAGAUCACUCAGAGGUUAUCCAAAGUGAACAAAUACAUCUGUGAGAAAAUCAUGGAUAUCAACAAGUCCAUCAAGAACGAGGAAAGGAGGGAAUCCAAGCUGCUCAUCAGACAAACUGUCAAGAUGGAGAACUUCAACUACGACGGCGUGUAAAAAGCCCGUCGGCUCUGGCACCGUAACUCAUUCUGCUUUUUUCAGAGACUGCUGUGAAAAGAAAAGAAAAGAAAAGAAGAAGAAGGAGAAGAAGAAGAGGGUGGACACGUUUAUCAUCUGCGCUGCCAUUCGAGAUUCUCACUGAAGCCUGAGAGAGAGGCCUUUUUCGUUUGUUUGUUUGUUUGUUCUUUUUUUUGCCCCCUCUUUCCCUUCCUUUUCUCACCCCUGCAGUACACUCAGGCCUGCCUGACAGCUUUACCUGUGCGAACGCAGCCCAAGAUGUUGAACGUAUUUUAGCGUGAGUCGUAUGAACGUAUGGGGUUUUUUUUCGGGAACUCGAGAGAUGUUGGUAAAUCAGGCAUGCAUGUGUUUUAGACAGGAGAGAUCCUAUAAAUCGUAUAGUAAGAGAAUGUGUAUGGCACAUCAGUUGAUGUUCUGUGUCAGAACAUGUCGUAAUGUACUUUUAAAAAAGAAC